AUGGUUGUGUCUGAUUCUGCUACAAAUAGUGCUCCUAAUAAUGCUACUGGGUGUAACACUGGUGUGGGUGCUAGAAUGAGCAACACUUGUAACUCCAAUCCAUCAGUCCCUCUUGGUUCUAAUAGAUCCGCUCCAACACUUAAUGUUGCUCCUCACUGUUCAGUUCCAUCAUCUUCAGCUGAUUCAAAUCAUAAUGAACAAGAGGCAGAACAAAACAAUAGUACCAGAUUAGAGAACGUUCCCGCAGUUAAUGAAGCAGAAAAUUUAAAUGCAGCAAAAAAAAGAGGCCGAACAACUUUGAAGGAGUUGUGGUCAUUACCACCAGAAGAGAGGAUUGUGGUGAGUGCAAAUCAUUUGGGACAACCAAUUGGGGCCGAAGCACAAUUAUUAGCAGGAUUUCUCGGCAUGCUUGCUCGAACUGGUCAACAAAUUGGGCUCCAUUAUGAGAGUUGGCAUAAAUUACGAUUUGCUCUUGGAAUUUCGAAAGAGUAUGUGCUAAAGUCUUUGGGGAAGAAAUGGAGAGAUUACAAGCAUGAUUUGAAAAAGCGUCAUUUCAAACGAGAAGAUGGUUUGCAAGCAAACAAAGAUAAACAUCCAAAUGCAACCAUUCGAUGGCAAUGGGACCAAUUAGUCGAUUUUUGGUAUUCAAGUAAAGGAGAGGAUUCAGAAAGGCUUGGGGUUGCUAGCAGAAAACAACAAAAAUAUACUCAUACCUCUGGAUCGAAGAGCUUUGCAAGAAAGGAAAAGGAAAUGGAGGUUAACAGUGGAAGAAAAGUAGGACGCCUUGAAUUUUUUAAAGCAACUCAUACCAAAAAGGAUGGUUCUCACAUGAACGUGGAAACUGAACAAAUUAUGGAGACGGCAAAUGAAAAGUUAGCUGAAUGUGAAACAGUAGAUGAGAAUAUGCAGAUGGUUGAAACUGAAAUUCUGACAGAACUUAUUGGAAAAGAACGAUGUGGGUGA